AUGGCCGAACUCUACCCCGAUCUCAAGGACCGCCCUAUCAAGGAGACCAUCGUCCUCUUCGAUGUCGACGGCACACUCACCCCGGCCAGACGGGCUGUCUCGGCUGAGAUGUUGCAGCUGUUGUCGCGCCUGAGACAGAAAGUUGCAAUUGGCUAUGUCGGCGGUUCCGAUCUCGUCAAGCAACAGGAACAACUUGGCACGCCCUCUCUACCCGUCCAAACCCUGUUCGAUUUCUGCUUCCCCGAGAACGGUCUCACCGCCUUCCGCCUGGGUGAAGCGCUACCCCGGAACUCGUUCAUCCAAUGGUUAGGAGAAGAGAAAUACCAGAAACUGGUGCGGUUCUGUCUGAAAUACAUUGCCAACAUCGAGGGCAUCCCCAAGCUGCGCGGGACCUUCAUCGAGUUCAGAAACGGCAUGAUCAACGUCAGCCCUGUUGGCCGUAACGCAAGCCAGGCCGAGCGAGACGAGUUUGAGGCUUGGGACAAGGUGUCGGAGAGCAGAAAGAAACUGAUCGACGCCAUCGAGGCCGAAUUCCCCGAUUUGGGGCUCACCUACUCCAUCGGAGGCCAAAUUUCCUUUGACGUCUUCCCGAAGGGAUGGGACAAGAGGUACUGCUUGCAGCACGUUGAAGCAGAAGCAGACCCGACCAAACACCUCUCAGGAAUCCAAUACAAGAACAUCCACUUUUUCGGCGACAAGGCUUUCCCCGGUGGUAAUGACUGGGAGAUCUACAGUGAUCCUCGCACCAUCGGUCACGCCGUCACCUCGCCUGAAGACACCAUGAAGCAGGUGAAGGAGCUCUUUGACCUUUGA